UUCAAAUCAACAAAUCACUCCCAUUCCGGAUCGAAGCAUCAGUUCUAGCACCAAGUUUCGAGCUGGUUCCGCUCUCAGUCUCAAUCAUCCCCUUGAUGAAGUUCAUUCGAUAUCGCCGAUCGUUGAGAACUCCGAAUGUCGACGGAAGAAGAUUCAGAAAGUUUUGUACAUGGCGGAGGAACCUCGAAGAGAACAAUGAAAACGAUUCGCAGUUCGUUUACGAGAUCGAGCAGAUUGUUCGAGGAAAACAAAACUGGAGGAUUGCCUUCAACAACGCAUUAAUUUCGGUUAAUUUAAAGCCACACCACGUAGAAAAGGUUUUGAUUCGAACACGCGACGACUCCAGGUUAGCCUUGAGAUUCUUCAAUUUCAUGGGACUACAUGGAAAUUUCCAUCACUCCACUGCGUCAUUCUGUAUUUUAAUUCAUUCGCUAGUUCAGAAUAGUUUGUUUUGGCCUGCUUCUUCUCUGUUGCACACUGUUUUGCUCCGUGGACUAAAUCCAGUUGAGAUUUUUGAUAAUCUAUUGGAGUCUUAUAAGAGGUACGAAUUUUCUUCGACUUCAGGUUUUGAUAUGUUGAUUCAAUAUUAUGUUCAAAACAAGAGAGAAAGAGAUGGUGUUUUGAUUAUAAAUCUUAUGAGGGAUUAUGGUUUGUUCCCUGAAGUUAGAACUCUGAGUGCUUUAUUAAAUGCUCUUGCUCGAAUUAGGAAAUUCUGCCAGGUCUUGGAACUAUUUGAUGCCCUUGUGAAUGCGGGCGUUAAGCCCGACAGUUAUAUUUACACGGUGGUGGUCAAAUGCUUGUGUGAAUUGAAGGACUUUAACAAGGCCAAUGAUAUCAUUAAUCAGGCUGAGCGAAAUGGGUGUGGUUUGAGCAUUGUAACUUAUAACGUGUUUAUCCAUGGGCUCUGCAAGAGCCAGCGAGUUUGGGAGGCUGUUGAGAUCAAGAGAUUGCUGGGUGAAAAGGGUUUGAAAGCAGAUGUCGUUACUUAUUGUACAUUAGUGUUGGGAUUGUGCAGAAUCCAGGAAUUCGAGGUUGGCCUGGAGGUGAUGGAUGAAAUGAUUGAGCUCGGUUAUGUUCCGAGCGAAGCUCCCGUUUCAGGAGUCGUUGAGGGGUUGAGGAAAAUGGGGAGUAUUGAAGUUGCCUUUGAGUUGCUAAACAAAGUUGGGAAACUUGGGGUAAUGCCUAACCUAUUUGUUUAUAAUUCAAUGAUCAAUUCACUGUGCAAAACUGGGAAAUUGGACGAAGCCGAGCUGCUUUUUAGUGUAAUGACUAAAAGGGGUUUGUUUCCAAAUGAUGUUACGUAUACUAUCUUGAUUGAUGGAUUUGGAAGAUCGGCCAAACUGGACGUUGCUUUCUAUUACUUCAACAAAAUGAUCGAGUCUGGCUUAAGUGCAACUGUGUACUCGUACAAUUCGCUGAUAAGUGGUCAGUGCAAGUUUGGGAACAUGAGAACGGCCGAGCUUCUCUUCAAGGAGAUGGUCGACAAAGGAUUGAUACCGACAGUGGCAACUUAUACUUCAUUGAUAAGUGGAUAUUGCAGAGAAGGGUUAAUGCCAAAAGCAUUCAGGAUAUAUCAUGAAAUGACUGAAAAGGGGAUUGCUCCAAAUGCUUUUACCUUUACUUCUCUUAUUUCUGGUCUGUGUCAUAUUAAUAAAAUGGCCGAAGCGAGUAAAUUAUUCGAUGAAAUGGUUGAACUGAACAUUCUUCCAAAUGAGGUGACUUAUAACGUUUUGAUCGAGGGGCACUGUAGGGAAGGUAACACCACGAGAGCUUUCGAAUUGCUGGAUGAAAUGAUUAAGAAGGGCUUAUCACCCGACACAUACACGUAUAGGCCCCUAAUUGCUGGCCUUUGUUCUACUGGUAGAGUUUCUGAAGCGAAGGAGUUCAUAAAUGACCUUCACCACGAGCAUCGAAGGCUGAAUGAGUUGUGUUAUACCGAACUUCUGCAAGGUUUCUGCAAGGAAGGAAGAGUUAAGGAAGCGCUCGUUGCUCGCCAAGAGAUGGUAGGACGUGGAAUGCAUAUGGAUCUAAUAAGUUAUGCUGUGCUUAUCUAUGGAGCUUUGAAGCAGAAUGAUAGAAGAUUGUUUGAUCUUCUAAGGGAAAUGCAUAGUCAAGGAAUGAAACCAGAUAAGGUAAUAUACACCACUUUGAUUGAUGGCUCCAUCAAAGCAGGAGAUCUUAGAAAGGCAUUUGGAUUUUGGGACAUUAUGAUUGGUGAAGGAUGCAUUCCCAAUUCUGUGACAUACACGGCAUUGGUGAACGGGUUACUCAAGGCAGGAUAUGUCAAUGAGGCUAAACUACUUUUCAAGCGUAUGCUCGUCCACGAGGCCACUCCUAAUCAUAUAACUUACGGUUGUUUUCUCGAUCACCUCACAAAAGAAGGAAAUAUGGAGAAUGCUCUGCAACUACACAAUGCAAUGCUCAAAGGGACUUUAGCGAAUCCCGUCACUUAUAAUAUACUCAUCCGAGGUUAUUGUCAGAUAGGAAAGUUUCACGAGGCAGCCCAGCUUCUCGAUGGAAUGAUUGGAAACGGUAUCGUUCCAGAUUGCAUUACAUAUUCGACAUUUAUCUAUGAAUAUUGUAAGAGGGGUAAUGUUACUGCGGCUGUCGAGAUGUGGGAGUGUAUGUUACGGAGGGGCUUGAAGCCUGAUACGGUAGUAUUUAACUUUCUAAUACAUGCUUGCUGUCUCACUGGUGAACUGGACCAGGCUUUGCGGUUGCGCAAUGACAUGAUGUCAAGGGGUUUGAAACCAACUCGGUCGACAUACUAUUCCCUGAUUGGUGCGAGUUGCUCAACAGGAGCCAGCUCGAUGCUAGUUCAGUAGUAAGUCAACAUAUUAUUCCCUGAUUGGUGCAAGUUGCCCAGCGAGGAGCUAGCUCGAUGCUAGUUCAGUAAUAAGCCGACAUAUUAUUCCUUGAUUGGUGCAAGUUGCUCAGCAAGGAGCUAGCUCGAUGCUAGUUCAAUAGUAAGUGAGUUUGGGCUCGAAAGGAAAAGCCUAAGGAGGACAAUAUCGGGUAGUAGUGAGUUUGGCCAUUACAAACCUCCCUUAUCGAGGCACAUGUUGCAUCCAAAGGAGUCACUGUCUUUCUCCCGUUCUUGGUUCAUAUCACGAAUCAAUCUUCAUAGUGAAUUGUAUGCUGUAUGCUUUAUACACCUAACGAAAAAACAUCUUUCCAUUUUUUCCCAUUUUUCAUUUAAAUGGAAAUUUUCCACCUACUCCGAAAAAAAC